ACCCCCCCCCCCAAUUCUCUCUAUUACAUUUACAUAUUCCAAUCGCUCUGUUUUCUUUUUUGGUAGCUCUUCUCUAGCCUUUCAAGGCCUCGGUUCAACCCUCCCCAAAUACCUUUUUAUCUUGUUCAAAUAUUUGCAUGUUCCUCCAUUCAUUCCAGUCACAACAACUAGCCUUUACUCUCAACAAGAUGUUAGCAGUGGAGGAAGUUUUAAGUGAACUUGGCGGGGAAGAAGUGAACGAGCAAGGGUUGCCGCCGGGGUUUAGGUUUCACCCCACUGAUGAAGAACUCAUAACAUUUUAUUUGGCUUCAAAGGUAUUCAAUGGAAGCUUCUGUGGAGUGGACAUUGCUGAGGUUGACCUUAACCGAUGUGAACCUUGGGAGCUUCCAGAUGUGGCGAAAAUGGGGGCAAGGGAGUGGUACUUCUUCAGCCUGAGGGACAGGAAAUACCCGACGGGAGUGAGAACAAAUAGAGCUACCGGAGCUGGGUACUGGAAAGCCACCGGAAAAGAUAGGGAAGUGUACAGUGCCUCCACUGGAGCUUUACUUGGCAUGAAAAAAACCCUUGUUUUCUACAAUGGCAGAGCACCCCGUGGAGUGAAGACCAUGUGGGUCAUGCAUGAGUACCGUUUAGACGGUGACUUCUCCUGCCGCCACACGUGCAAGGAAGAAUGGGUGAUUUGCAGAAUAAUGCACAAAACAGGUGAGAAGAAAAAUGGGGUAGCUGCUGCGCAAGGGCUAGGCUAUAUCUUGGAACUUUCUUCAUUAUCUUCAACAACAAAAACAACAAAUUGCCUCCGUCCACUGCUUGAAACCCCAACUCCUUUGUUAGAAUCUCAAACCCAAAUUUCAAUGCAGGCUGCCCAUAACUCUUUUCUGGAAAAUGACCUGAAAAGCUUAAUAAACCCGGUUGUGUAUCCAGCUAAUGGGUUCCAACCCUCCUUUACAGCCACUCCCACCACCUUUAGUAGCACACCCGACAAGAACGCCAGCAGCAACUCAUCAGCAGCCGCAUCGAUGCUCUUCAAGUCCCUCCUCUCACAUCAAGAAUGCGUUUUGAGGGAACAAGCAGCUGCUACUAUUCCCAAACAGUGCAAGACAGAAGCUAACUUUUCCAAUUUCCAACUGCCUGAUUCCACCUUGAGUUGGACGGAGAAGAUGCAUCCCAACCCUUGUCAAGAUCCCAUGUUUUUCGACAUGGAUUAUAAUAAUAGUGUGUUGGGGUUCGCUGAACUCUGAAGGUCAGGUGUUGCGACUGAGGCCUGGGGUCACUUCAAUUGCUUUCUAGAUUAAGAUUGUUAGUUAAGAUAUCAUAUUGUUAGCGUUAGGACCCUAUCCCUAUGUCCAUGACUUUCUUUUUAUCUUAAGUGUUUGUGCUGGCUUGUUGGUGUAAAAUGUAAAUGAGUAUCCUACAAAAACUCUGAACCCAAUCCAUGCACGUAACUUUGUAGGAUUGGAGAAAUUCCUGCACCUAAUUCAAGUGAUUGUGUAUUAUUAUUAUAAUAUUUAUGGGCCUUAUGUAUA